AUGGCGUCCCCCUCCCUCGCUGCCGCGGCCACCAGCCCCGCCUCCUCCCCACUAACCCUAGACGCCAUCCCCCUCGCCUCCCGCCCCGCCCCCGGAAGCGCCGCCACCGCCGCCGCCCCGCGCAAGCGGUCGGUCCUCCUCCUCGACCACCACAGUGCUCAGCAUCGCCGCCAAGAACGCGACCCUCCUCGCCGCGCUGCUCUAUCUCGGGGCCUCGCCUGGCGCUGGUCCCACCCGCCCCCGCCCUCCCCGCCGCCCGACCGCGCCGCGCUCGAGGGCUACGCCGCCCGCGUCGACGAGGUCGAGGCCUCCCUCGCCCGCACCUUCCGGAUGAUCCAGGUGCAGCUCGAGGCCGUCGACCGCAAGAUCGACGGCGAGGUCGGCGCCGCCAGGGGCGACCUUCUUUCUCUGCUGGAGGAGAAGCGGCUCGCGCUCGAGGGCCAACUCACCCGCCUCGACGCCAGGGCCGGUGAGCUCGGCGACGCGCUGGACGGGCUCAAGCGGAUGGAGUUCCUCCGGAAGGACGAGUUUGAGAAGUUCUGGGACGAGGUGAAGGGGAGUCUCGGCUCGGGUUCCGGGAGCGAGGUUGAUCUGGACCAGGUUCGUGCGUUGGCCAGGGAGAUCGUCAUGAGGGAGAUUGAGAAGCAUGCCGCAGAUGGGAUCGGCAGGGUUGACUACGCCGUGGCCUCAGGUGGGGGAAGAGUUGUCCGGCAUUCGGAGGCCUAUUUGCCUAAACGUGGUGGUUUGAUGGGCUGGAUGCCUGGAGGUGACGUGGGGCCGAAGCCAGAGAAGAUGCUUCAACCGAGCUUUGGGGAGCCUGGACAGUGCUUUGCCAUGCAGGGUAGCAGUGGGUUUGUUGAGAUCAAGCUCAAGUCUGGAAUACUUCCUGAGGCAGUAACACUUGAGCAUGUGUCUAAGGAUGUGGCGUAUGACAGGUCUACAGCUCCAAAAGACUGUCUGGUGUCUGGAUGGUACGAGGAGACUCCUGGUGAGACCCAAUCGGGUUAUGCUGCAAAGAUGGCUUUGGCGGAGUUCACGUAUGACUUGGAGAAGAACAAUGUGCAGACAUUUGAUGUGUCAGCCCCAGAUGUAGGCGUGAUCAAUAUGAUCCGGUUGGAUUUCACUUCGAAUCACGGAAGCUCGCUGCUGACAUGCAUCUACCGCCUCCGGGUCCAUGGCCAUGAACCGGUCUCUCCAGGAACCGCAGGUUUUCAGGCCUGA